CUUUACCUUUUUCUCUUAUUAUUUUAAAAAAUGGCCAAAACAAAAAAAAAAUAUACCCCAGUAGCAAGACGUCGUGACAAACCGGAUGCAGCAUAUUGGCUUAUUUUAAAUUAUCCAAAAAUGACAGACAAACAAAUUGCAAAAUUAAUAGGUACAACUACAGAUACUGUAAGUUCUAUUAGAAACAAAGAUCAUUGGAAUAUGCCUAACAUUAUUCCUAAAGAUCCAAUACUAUAUAAUUUAUGUAAACUAUCAGAACUUGAUGAGGUAUUGAUGAAAUGUGAGAUGUCUGAAAUCAAAAAACAAUAAAAUGUCAAUAUUCAUUAUUUAUGAA